GAAACAAAACCUGAAAUGUGAUAUAUUUAUUUUAUUUGAGUCACCAUUUAUUGUUCUGCGUUUAAUUACUAGCUGCAAAUUGCAUCCGACUUCAAAAAAUUAUAACAAUCGACGAUAAUUUGCAUCUGAUAAGUCUGAUAACCAUGAAAUGGAAAUGUCAGAAAGCAGGUUAUGACUUCAUAGAACACACGUAUCAAUGAUAAAGUCUUAAGUGAGAAACUGAAAUUUAAGAAGGAAAAAGUAACCAACCUUCUUGUUAGUAUAGACUUAAUUGGGCAUCAUUAUUAUAAAGUUACAACUUCACUAAAUGACGUUUAAGAAAGAAAAAAAUAAAAACUCAUCCCGUCAUUAGUGCUUUACUUUAAUUUUGGUGUUAUGAAAUUGCUAAAUUUAGGUCACCUCUAAAAAAUUAGUAAUAGCUCUUGCGAGCGAAGAAAAAGGACAUUAUACUAUUUGUCUAAUUCAACCCUUUUCAAACAUUUCUUCUCCCACAAGAAACAACAACCUAAGCCAUAUAUUCUUUUUAUGUUUUAGUUGCUACUCUCACAUUACAUUAUCUGGGAUCAAAUAUGGCUCAUGUGGAUGGGCAAGUUGGAUAUAGCGAGGAAUUCAUCGACAAUUCGCGGGGAAUGCAACUCUUAACAUGCAAAUGGUUUCCAGUCAAUCAAGAACCAAGAGCUCUCAUCUUCUUUUGCCAUGGCUAUGCAAUUGAUUGCAGCACCACCUUUAAAGAUAUAGCACCUAAGUUUGCAAAAGAAGGUUUUGCUGUGUAUGGAAUUGAAUAUGAAGGACAUGGGAGAUCAGGCGGUCUCUCUGUCUACAUUGAUAACUUCGAUCUUCUCAUCGAUGAUGUCUCUUCACAUUUCACCAAAAUAUCUGAGAUGGGAGAUAACACAAAGAAGAAGAAGUUUUUGAUGGGAGAGUCGAUGGGAGGAGCCGUAGUUCUUCUCUUGCACCGCAAGAAACCAGAGUUUUGGGAUGGAGGAAUCCUUAUUGCUCCCAUGUGUAAGAUUGCUGAGGAGAUGAAACCAUCACGAAUGGUUAUAUCUAUGAUAAAUAUGGUUACAAAUCUGAUUCCAUCAUGGAAAUCGAUAGUUCAUGGACCCGAUAUCCUUAAUAACGCGAUUAAACUGCCUGAAAAGAGACAAGAGAUAAGAGCGAAUCCAAAUUGCUACAAUGGGAGGCCUCGUAUGAAGACAAUGAGCGAGCUUUAUAGAACCAGCCUCGAUCUAGAGAACCGGUUGAACGAGGUGACAAUGCCAUUCAUAGUCUUGCAUGGAGAAGAUGAUAAAGUGACUGAUAAAGGAGGGAGCAAACUGCUUUAUGAGGUGGCUUUGUCUAAUGACAAGACUUUGAAGUUGUAUCCAGAAAUGUGGCAUAGCCUUCUUUUUGGAGAGCCUCCGGAGAAUUCAGAGAUUGUGUUCAAUGACAUUGUCCAAUGGAUGCAGACAAGAAUCACUACUCUUCAAGUGAAGGCUAAAAAUCAUGAAGCAAAACCUCAAAUCUGAUUUGCUCAGAUUCGGUUUAGACUAUAAUUAACUACGUCUUGUUCUUUGCACCAAGUGCAACCACAUUUUCUUUUUAAGGUUUGAAUAAAAAAAAAAAUUGGAUGAUAGCUUAAGAGAUUAUAGAUGGUUUUCAAAAACCAUUUUUUUUUCUGUAAACAACAUUUGUAUUUCUAAUCUUUUGGGUUGUUCUUGUGAUUAUAAUACUGAUUUAACGAAACACAA